AUGUAUAUCAAGGAUGGGCCGGGCCACAUAUACCCCGACAAUCAGAACUUUUUUUUCGACCCUAAAUCCAAAAUAGGAUUCAAAGAAAAGUUUGAAACCGUUCGGCCCAUCUUACGGAUUUCUCUGUCUCUCUUAUCGCUCCCAUUCUCACUUUUGGUUUUCUCUCAUUUAUGUAUUCAAUUUCUAAGGGUGUUUAGUGACUUGGCGGAGAUAAAAAGGUGUCCCCAAUAUAUGAUUUUUUUCGGUUCCAAAAACGUCCCAAAAAUUUUUUCUAGUAAAAAAAAAUUCUUUUUUUAG